AUGGCCAUUCAAGCGCAGAUUUACUCGCAAAAUCUUGGGUUUCCUCUCGCUAUUCCGCCGGAUUUUAUGGACGGUGACGCCCCUGCUUCCGCCGCCGCCGCCGUCGACGGGGUGGUUGGUUUUGAUCAUCACUUUUGCUUCAACCCACCACCGCCUCCUCUUCCGCCGCAGCAACAGUUCGUCAUGCCGCAGUUUCAUCAGAAUAUUCCUCCGCAGCAGCAGAAGAACUAUAACGAUUUUGUGGCAGCCAAGAAUCCUCAGCCGCCGUCGAUGGGUUUCUCUCAGAAUCUCGCGGCUGAGCUUGAGAAACAAAUUCUUGAAAUUGAUCGCUUUAUCUCUUUACAGAAUGAGAGAUUGAGAUUGGGUUUACAAGAGCAGAGAAAACAGCAACUGGCAUUGAUGCUGAGAAAAUACGAAUCAAAGAAGCAAUUUUUGCUGAAACAAAAGGAGGAAGAAAUGUCUAAGGCGUUGAACAAGACGAUGGAGUUAGAAGACAUGUUGAGAAGGAUCGAAAUGGAGAAGCAGGCGUGGCAGAGCAUGGCGAAGGAGAAGGAAGCCAUGGCCAUGUCUCUCAACAACACAAUCGAGCAACUCAAAGAAAGCGCGUGGCUGCAGCCCUGGACCGGCGGCGCGGAGGACGCCGAGUCGUGCUGCGAGAACGGAGGUGAUGAUAAUGCGCCGGCGGCGGCGGCGCCACUUUUCCGCGACGGAGGAAGCGGCGGCGGCAACGGGGAGAACAGUAAACGGGGGGAUAUGGCCUGCAAAAGCUGCAAUUCUGGGGUGUCGUGCGUUGUGUUCUUGCCAUGCAGACACCUUUCUUCGUGCCAAGCUUGUGACCCUUUCCUGGAUUCAUGCCCUCUCUGUGGGAUGCUUAAGAAAGCAAGCAUUCAAGCUUUGCUAUGAUUUCAUCUUUCUUUUUUUCUUUUUCGUAGAAGAUUUCUAGUGUAGAUGCGUAGAGCAGUAGAGAUGUUUAUCCCAAGAGUUAGAACAUCUAAAUUAAAUUCAUUAUUUUCUUC